GCACGUAGAACUCUUUGGCGCUCCCUGCGUGUGCAGUUGCUUCGUCUUGCGGCGCAAACAAGGAAUGUCCGCAAACCCUCUCGCAAGUCGACAAGCAGGCACACACUCAGAAGCCACUCAAUCCGACAACACGGUCACUCGCUGAGUGCGAAAACCAUAAAGAAAAAGAAUAGCAUUGCCGUCUCUGUUAAUGCUGCGCUACACUCGGCGUUUUCUCUUCCACAUCCCCCGCACACCUCUUGGUGCUGCCGAGCCAAGGCGUGUCGCGCAGGGCGCCCCGUCCUCUGCGCGGUUCCGACGAAGCGGAGACGGCCUUCGAAAUGGAAUGCAGGACAACGCCGCGGAGCCACCUGCAGCACACACCGAAGGUGCCACCUCUCCACGCCGCCUGGCCGGCUAUCAGCAUCGUCGCCGUCAGGUGAGCCGCACGCUGCGACCGGGAGAGCCACUGCCGCCACCUCACGAGGACAGCAAAGCACAGACGUCCAAGCCCGCUCAGACAGGCAGCGGGGGCUACACUUCUCAGCGCCAAGCCUAUCACCGGCAAAGGGCGGAGAGGGGGCGUGACGACGCCGGGUCGUUUGCGAGGGCUGACGUGGCCGGGUCGUACUUCACCCCGCUGCCACGCGAGUACGGUUUUUACGACGGCCUCGACGAGCACACCCUCGACGCGCCGCGGCCCUCUCGUGAGGAGCGGCAGGAGCAACUUCGCGCGUCGCUCGAAGCCAACGCCGCCUCUGCGGUGGAGUUCACGGAGGGAGGGGAGGCGGACAUUGAGAUGAAUGGACUGCCCGCGGAGCACUACCACGGCCAGGCGGGGUGGACAACCAUCCCGAAAGAGUCAGCCCUGUACAACACGAUGUACGGCACAGGCGACCUCGAGUCGCGGCAGCGAACCAGCUCGUGGGGCGUAGCGAUGCGGCACGGCCGAGGUGGGGCGGGUCUUGGCGACCUUCUCGGGGAGUCGGCGGCUGCCCCCAACGCACAGAGCGAAACCGGCGACGGUGCUACUGGGGAGACAGAUACAGCAGCAGAGGUGCUGGACGACCGCCGCCGCCGCCGUCAGCACGACGAGGGCUUCUACUCUACCGCUCUGGAAGGUGAGCUGCUUGCCCCCACGGAGGAGAGUGUGGGCCAGCCUCGCAGCACCUACGCACUGCGCAAGAUGUACGUCGAUGGGCUUGUGGGCUACCAAGGCAUGAUUUCGCGUGCAGAGGAGGCGGUGGUGAGUGAGGAGCUGCUGCGCUUACUGCAAAGCUCCCGUGCUGCGUACAUCGCCGAAGAGGCGCGGUACUGCGUCAAUCUCUAUGAGAAAGAACUCGGCAUACCCGGCAAGGACACGCUCGCCUUUGCGCUGUCCAGCUGCCCCACGCUUCAGCGUGUGCUGUACCGCCUCUUCUUUCUCGGUCUCAUCCCCGCCGUGCCAAACGUGUGUCAGGUGAGUGAGAUGGUGGGCAACUUCAGCGGCUACCCGGUGCACCGCCACCCCCGCUCCAUCGGGUCCUACGUCGGCCUUUUGAACCUCGUCUCCACAACCGUGUUGCGCCUGCAGCACAAGGACGCGCCGUGGUACCCCCGACUGCACCUCACCCCACGCAGUCUAUUUGUGGUGACGGAGCCGUGCUUGAGUGAGUACGCGAUGGGCUACAAGCAGACCCAGCAGCCCUUUCACGCCUUCGAAUACGCGACGCGUGUGUCGAGUGACUACCGCAUCGAGGUGCUCUUUGCCACCGUGGAAACGGCGCAAAUGCGAACCCUGUCGGAGGCGGUGCAGCUCACCGAGUACGCGACAUCGAGCACGAACCAAGACAAGGGAAGAGGGGAUCGCGGAGCGGUGCUGCUGGGUGGCUCGUCGUCGUCGUCGGAUAGCGGUAGUGCAGCAUCCUCUACGGGAGUGGCGGAAGACUCCCAUAACGCGGAAAUGUCGUCUUCAGUUCCUCUGCAAGGUAAUACAGACGAGUGGCUGCAACAGCUCCGCUCCAAGCUCCACUCCUCGGGGGAGGGCGAAGGUCAUGAAAAGCCAAUCGACGGUCACGCACUGCGGCGUCAGCUACUUGCGCAGCACAUCGUCGGCUCCCAGUCUCGUGGUGAAGGCAAGGAUGCCCGCGAAAACAGAACAGACUCCCGUCAGCGCCGCACGACGGGCAAUGACCCACUUAUGCCACCUUCUUCGUCGCCCGAGGUGAAAGCGCACUCUUCCGCGCAGCGGCGGUUGACGGCGCUCAAGGCACGCUUCGAGUUUGCGCAGUCUCUGAAGGCGUCAAAGCGGCAGGUAGAGGUGUCGAAAAGCGGCCCGCGGUUGCUGCGCGGACACUCUCCCAAAGAUCGCCACAUCGGAAUCAAGUAA